GACAGACGAUUCUCUUUCCAUCAUUCAUAUAUUUAUUUACUGAGAGUAGUGAUAACAAAAACGUUUUGCAUUGAUCGGAAUAAACUUUUACAAGAAUUUUUAACAACAGAUGCAUCAUGAACGAUCCAAAUAAACGAAUCGACGUAAACUUGUCGUCGUUGCUUAGUUUGAAGGCUGAACUACUGCGGAAACAUGAAGAAGUCACCAAAGCAAAAAGCAGUCACAUCGUCGAUAAUUUCGUGCCAAGAAGAGGUGACAAACAUAAGGAAAGAAAAACGAAAUCGAACGAUUCAGCCACAACAACCACACAGAGACAGAACUCCGAAUCGUACGAAGAUACUGAAAUGUUGAGCCGUUCGAAAAAGAUUUUGGAAGCGAAAAGUAAAUUUUACGAUAAAAUGACUAAAGCGGGCGGAUCAUUGAAUUCGGAUGAAAACUGUCUGGUGAUGUUCAAUCAGAAGAAGCAAAGUGGCGUUCCCAAUGCUAGGUAUGAAUCGAGUAGUUCAAGUAGUUCGGAUGAUUCGGAUACUGAAUCGCACGACAAAGAAGAACCGGGCGAAUGGGUGGAGUACACGGAUUGCCUUGGUCGGACCAGAAAGUGCUUGAAGGAGGACGUAGAGUUUUUCAAAAAGAAAGACGGCGAGCUAGCAGAAACCGUUGCAGAACGGAAUAAGGCCAACGGUGUUGAUGUUAAGGCAGAGCCGCCGAAAUGGUUCAUCGAUACAAAAGGUGAUUUUAAGCUGCCGAUGCAACUAAACGACACCGGUUCAAAAGACGACGACACAAUGAGCAUGCUAUCGAAAUCAUCGAAAAUCGACGAGAUUCGUCAAAACUGGGAGAAACAAGAAGCCGAAAAUUUAACGAAAGACUCUGUGCACUAUCAGGGUGUUCUGUUCGAUGAGGCUCGUACGCAUGGCGUCGGCUACUAUGCAUUUUCUACGGACGAAACUGAACGAGCGAGCCAGCAAAAAGAAUUGGAGGCGACUCGUUUGAAAACGUUGGCCUCACAAAAGGAAAGGGAGAAUCAACGGAUGUCGAGAGAGAAAAUUAUCGCUGAAAGAGUAAAGGCUGCCAAGAAUCGACAGAGAGCUCGAUUGGGUUUGCCUCCUUUGGAAGAGAAUCCCGAACCUACUGAACAGGAAUUAGUCGAUAAAGAAGCCGAAGAAAAGCGGAAACGGAAAGAAGAAAAAGCGAAGCGAAAGAAGGAACAAGAGGAAAAGCUUAAAGACACCGAACGCAAGAAGCACAUACGGCCUUGGGACAAAGACAAGAGCGGCGUUCGUAAAGGUCAUCCCAGUGACGACGAAUCGGACGAUGACGAUGACGAAGAAUGGGCGUACAAACCAGAAAGAGAACCAAUGUCGCAAGAACAAUGGAACGAACAGCAACGUUCCAAACGAAACAUGGAAUUUGCACCGAUGCCUGGAACUGAAGCGGCUACCAGACAUUCAAAUCCAUUCAAUCCACCCAGUUACACGGCGACUGCGUUCGAAGAAUGCGAAAACAAAACGCUAAAUUUCACGACGAAAAAACGGAAACCGUUCGUGGUUCGGCCGGUUGACGAGCCAUCAUCGGCUGGCGCACCGAUUAACAGUGAAUUGAUUGACAAUUACAUUGCGAGCAGACGAGGUGCAGAGAUUGCACCACCUGCUAAUUUGGACGAUUCGGGGACGUUUACAAAGAAGCCGAAACGGAAUGAGCCGAGCAUCGAAUCGUCAAUUGAAGCGGGACUGAAGUUUUUGCGAGAACAGUCUGACAAGGGAACGCUGAGCACGAAAAUGAAGUGGACGUCCAAUGCCGAUUACUAAUGUGUGGUCGUUUCGAAUAAUAAAAAUUUUUUGUACAAAUGAA